AUGGCGGGGCCCUUGCUGACUGACAGUGAGGAUUUGCGAGCUGAUGGGAGGGUCUUGGGAAUGACAGAAGAAGAAGUGAAGGAAGUGUUAGAGGAGAAAGAAGCCAAGGCUAAUGCCCAGAUUCUGGAGAUGGUGGGUGAUCUCCCUGAUGCUGAAGUGAAACCAGAAGAUAAUGUUCUGUUUGUAUGUAAACUUAACCCUGUCACUACAGACGAAGACCUGGAAAUCAUAUUCUCAAGAUUUGGAACAAUUAAAAGUUGUGAAGUGAUCAGAGAUCAUAAAACCAAAGAAUCCUUACAAUACGCAUUUAUAGAGUUUGAAAAGACAGAAGAUUGUGAGAGUGCUUAUUUUAAGAUGGACAAUGUCCUGAUUGAUGACCGCAGGAUACAUGUGGACUUCAGCCAGUCCGUGUCCAAGCUCAAAUAUAAAGGAAAAGAUGGACAGAAGUCAGAGGAGACAAAGGAAAAGUACGUCAUCAGGGAUCGGACCACUAGACAAGACAAUAGAUAUGAUUUAGUUUUUGAUGAUGAUGAAGAAGAGGAGAAGAAAACGAAAUCAAAGAAGAAAAAGAAACACAAAGACAGAAGGCAAAGUAGAAGUGAAAGUGACAGUGAAUCACACAGAAAGAGAAAGAAGGAAAGAAGUCGAUCCCUCAGUCCACAGAGAAAAAACAGAAGAUCCCGUAGUCCCAAAAACAGGUCAAGGUCACCAGGGAGAAAAUACAGGGAAGAUGACGACAGAGGCAGCUCUAAAAUGUCUAAAUAUAGAGAUGACAGACACAGAGAGGAUAAAUAUAGCUCACAAAGGUCAUCUGAGAGGUCAUACGAGGAUAGAGACAGGAGAGGUGAUAGAGACAGUUAUAGAGAUCCUGACAGGAAUAGAGACUCUGACAGGAAUAGAGAUAGGAGGAGGAGUAGAGAAAGAGACAGUUAUAGAGAUAAAUACAGGGACAAAAGAAGAUGAUGCUGAAAAUAUGAGUGAAUUUAUGCCAGAGGGUUGUACAGUUAAUUUU